AUGGCGGGCGGCACGGAGGCGGAGGGGGAUGGCGCGGCGGCUGCCCGGGAGGAGCUGUCCGGGGCGGGAGGGCUGGGGGUGGGCGGCCUGGCCCUGCUGUUGCUGGCGCUGCUCGGGGUUUACCGGCUGUACCGCAGGAGCAGAGCGGGCGGGCACAGGGCGGGAGGGCAGGAGGCGGCGCUGCCGAGGAUGAAGCGGCGCGACCUGAGUCUGGACCAACUCAGACAGUAUGACGGCGUCAGCAGCGCCCGCCUCCUGCUCGCCGUCAACGGCAAAGUGUUCGACGUGACCAAAGGCAAGAAAUUCUAUGGACAGGAUGGUCCCUAUGGUAUAUUUGCUGGCCGAGAUGCUUCUAGAGGGCUGGCAACUUUCUGUCUUGAUAAAGAUGCACUUAGAGAUGAGUUCGAUGAUCUGUCUGAUUUAAAUGCUGUACAAAUGGAGAGUGUUGGAGAAUGGGAGAUGCAAUUCAUGGAAAAAUAUGACUAUGUUGGCCGACUGCUGAAACCAGGGGAUGAACCGUCAGAAUAUACAGACGAGGAAGAUGUCAAGGAGCAUGCAAAGCGCAACUGAACCCGUUUGUCAACCAAAGCAUAGGCCUUCCCUGCUGCACACCAUUUUACUCUGAUUUCUGCAGCUUUGUUUUUCUUCAGAAGCUACAAAUGAUUGAAUGCAAAAUAUAUUUUGUAAAAGUGGUGAUACUCUUGUGUGGAGAUUUUACUUCAAAUGUCUGGUAUGUGCUGCCAACAUUGUUUUGCAGUUGUUGUAACGCAUCAGGUAAGGUUAUGUUCAUAUUAGCAAAAAAAAAACACCCAAGAGUUAUUUAACUUAGGCCAUUAGUUUGCCAAUAUUGGAGGUGGGGAGAACGAGUCAUCUGACAUUCUGCUAAUAUCUUCAGAGACUUUAAAUGGUGGUUGUGAUUUGGGGGCAAGGCUCCCAAGUCAUUAGUGUAUUUGUUUUUUCAUUAAAUAGCUUGCACUACCAGAAAACUAGAGUUCAGAGUUGAAUUCAGCAUUUGAAGACUGCAGAAUGUAGUUUUAAUGUUUUUUUUCCCCCAUAAAACUGCACUAAGUCAAUAUACAGUAAUACAAGGAAAGGGAAGGUACAAAUACGAUUGUCCUGGCUUAAUUCAAACAGCCAUCUGCGUGUGCCCACUGAAUGUUUCACAAUUAGUUCUCUGCAAUGAUUGUAGUGCUGAAGUCUUGGUCCCCUUUCGUUUAUCAAAAUGUAGGUAAUAUUCAUAGUGCCUUAUUUUGAUUACUUUUCUACUGCAACCUGAAUUAUUAUUAUAAAUUGAUUCCCCAAACUUGAGUAAAUGAUAUAAUAGUAUGUAAAGGAGAGAAGCAGUCAUUGCAUAAAAUGUAGAUCUGUUUAUCAUUGCCUAUGGUGUAUUGUCAUUUGACUGAACAAAAUAUACACAUGUGUUAACUGUAUGUACGGCUGUCAUAUCCAGUGAUACUGCCAUAUUUAUGUAGUGAUGUACAAUUUGGUGUUCUAGCCAGACUCCCAAAUUUUGUGAUUUUUUUUCUUCCCUCUGAUUUGCAGUUUCUCCUUUGUUCUGUGGGAGAGGAGGAAGCACCUUUUAAUUAUGUGGGAUAGAGGGAAAAUUGGAUGGUAAGACAUUGCAAAUCUUGUAAAUAUGUGCAACUGUUUUAAUAAAGGCAUGUACUACAAACCAAACUCAGAACAGACUUUGUGAGAAGUAAAAACAGAAACCCAAGUUAUAGAGGAUGGUGGAACAGAUAAAUAAUGCACAAUAAACAAUUGGUUAUUAA